AUGAGAAAAGCCAUUCAAAGAAGAACAGUGGAUUAUAAUUGCUCUAUUGGGAAAUACUUGCAGGAUCGAGUUUGGAUACGAUGCCCAGAAGAGAUCGAAUUCUUACGUCCUAAACCAAAUUUCACCAUAAAUCUUCUACCACCAUUGGCCUAUCCUAAUAAUCCAGUUAAUGCAAUAGCAACAAAAUAUGUACAUACUUCGACCAAUAAAAAUAGAUAUCCAGUUAAUGUUGUCCGAUGGACUCCUGAGGGAAGACGUUUAAUUACAGGAUUAUCAAGUGGUGAAUUUACGCUUUGGAAUGGAUUGACUUUUAAUUUUGAAACUAUUUUACAGGCUCAUGAAUCAGCAGUUCGAGCCAUGAAGUGGUCUCAUAACGAUAAUUGGAUGGUAACAGCAGAUCAUAAAGGUGUCAUAAAAUAUUGGCAGUCUAACAUGAAUAAUCUGAAGAUGAUUGAAGGUCACAAAGAGGCUAUAAGGGAUUUAUCAUUUUCACCAUCCGAUACAAAGUUUGCUACAUGUUCAGAUGAUGGUACAAUCAAAAUAUGGGAUUUCAAUGAAGGGAUUGAAGAAAAGGCAUUAUCAGGACAUGGAUGGGAUGUAAAAACAGUUGAUUGGCAUCCUUAUAAAUCACUUUUAGCAUCUGGUUCUAAAGAUAAUUUGAUUAAAUUUUGGGAUCCAAAAUCAGGGAAAAAUAUUGACACUUUGCAUGGUCACAAAAAUAUGAUUCUUGGUUUACAAUGGAAUAAGAAUGGUAAUUGGUUGGGAACUGCAGCAAAAGAUCAAUUAGUCAAAGUUUAUGAUAUUAGGAUGAUGAAAGAUUUACAAACCUUUCGUGGGCAUAAUAAAGAAGUUUGCAGUAUUUCAUGGCAUCCGUUUCAUGAGAGAUUGGUUGUUACCGGUGGCUCUGAUGGGUGUUUAAUGUUUUGGCUUGUUGGACAAGAAUCAGUGGUUGAAUCAGUUGAAUUUGCUCAUGAUCAAAAUGUUUGGUCACUUGAUUGGCACCCAAUUGGGCAUAUAUUGGUGUCUGGUUCUAAUGAUCACUCCACAAGAUUUUGGACAAGAGCUCGUCCAGGUGAUACUGUACAAGACAAGUAUCAUGUUGGUAGACAAAAGGCUGAAGAACUUGGGUUGAAAGAUGUUGAUGAAGAAGAAGAACAGGAACCAUUGGUUCCAGGAUUAUCAUUUUCAAGAAAUGGCGGUCUGACAACAGGAUAUUUGCCUAUGCCCAUGAAUCCACAGAAUCAUAAUUCAGUGAUGGAAUCACCUUCCUUACCUCCUUUCCAACCACACACACAACAGCAAUUACUACAACAGCAGCAGCAACAAAUACCACCACAACUUCCUCCAUUCCAACCAUCAUCAUCAUCAUCAUCAACACAACAACCAUUAUCACAACAACAACAGCAACAACCAAUAUUACCACAUCAACAUCAACAACAAUUAUCAUCAUCAUCAAUGCCACCACAAAUGCCACCAUUUCAGCCACCAUCACAAUCAAUUCCACAUCAACAACAGCAGCAACCAAUUCCACAAUCAAUCCCACAAUCACAAAUACCAUCAUUUCAACCACAGCCACAAUUUCAAAUAAAUCAACAAUCACCACAAAUGCAACAACAACAACAACAACCAAUGCAACAAAUGUCACAAUUAUUCCAACAUCAAAUGCAAGUGACAUCACAUCAACAAUCAACUUUUCAAUCUUCAACUCAAAAACAACAACAGCAGCAGCAAAAACCACUUCAUCUUCAUCUUCAACAACAACAGCCAUUAUUACCACCACCACAAAUUCAUCAACAACCACAAAUUCAUCAUCAAAAUCAACAAUAG